AGAUGAGAGCUAUGACUGCCCUUACCUUUCUGCUUCUAACUGCUUUUCAAGCAAAUACCAUUGGAUCAUGGACAACAGAGAGCUGGCUGCAUUCCCUUUCAGCUUCAGUAUCUUGCAGAUACAACUGUGACAAGUAUUUGAACAACUGUGGAUGUGAUUCUGCUUGCCAACAUUAUAAUGACUGUUGCCCCGAUUAUGACACCUUCUGCUCAGCAACAGCAACAACAACAUCAACAACAACAAAAGGUAGUGUGGAUUGCUCCUCAGACAACAUGGUUAUUGUCAUUCAAAGUUCUUUCCUGAACUCACUUGGGCUGAGUGGAAAUGACCUUUAUGUGGAUGACCAUCUCUGCAGACCUAAUAUUAGCAGCACUGAAGUUGUGUUCAGAUUCCCCCUCGACACAUGUGGAACUGCCAAAGAGAUGAUGAAUGGUUCUUUGUCCUACACCAACAAUGUGCAGGCAUCUCCAUUUCAGUCGGGUGAAAUCAGUCGUCAAUCACUGCUUUUUUUGCAUGUGGGCUGCCGAAUGGAGUCAGACACUAUGGUAGAGAUCUUCUACGGGGCCAAGGAAAUCAUCAAUGCCAACAUCACAGGAACAGGCCGCUUCAAUGCCAGCAUUGCCUUCUACACCUCCGUCAACUUCAUCCAGCAGAUUUAUGACUCUCCAUAUGAAGUGAAUCUGAAUCAGAAACUGUUUGUUCAAGUCAAGCUAACCAGAUCUGACAAGAGCCUGGAUCUCUUCCUGGACACUUGUGUAGCAUCUCCAAAUCCAAAAGACUUUAAAAACCGCUCCUAUGAUCUGCUGCGUAACGGAUGUCCCAGAGAUAGCACAUAUCUGGCCUACACCAAUGGCAUGGAUCAAUAUGCUCAGUUCAGUUUCCGGGCUUUCAAGUUCCUCCAGACUCAUGCCUAUGUGUUCCUGCAGUGUAAGGUGAUCAUCUGCCCUGAUAAUGAUUACAACUCUCGCUGCCGUAAAGGUUGCCAAUACCGGCGCAAGAGAUCCCUUGACAGCUCCUACAACACCAGUACUGUGACACUGGGCCCGAUCAAACUCAGGGAUCAGAGGCCAGUAGCAGGACGAAGACGUGGUGUCGAAUCAGAGAAAUCUAAGGAAUGAUCUGGAAUGGAGGAAGUGAUCUGAUUAUCUUCUCAAUCAUUGACUUAAUCAUUACUGUUAAUCCUUAUUAACCACUCAGCAAAUGAAUCUUAAGCAUGUUUCUUAUUGUAAUUCAAUAAAGCAUUUCUAAACAGCAA